AUGACAGAGACACCAGAUGCGAACCAAGCAGAUGGGGGGCCAUCUUUGGAUGGCUAUAUGCAGCAGCACCAGAUCCAGCCUUUUGUGCAGGAGAUGCUGACCGAGUUGUUUGCCGUUCUGCCAGAGGAUCCAUACGAGUACAUGACGUACCACUUGGCCUCUCGCCGCCCUGUGCGAGCGCCGCAGGACCAGAAGCUCAUCAGCAGCGGGGUGCUGUGGGCGUUGAUACCAGGCGGGGACCCCAUGUCCCCGGAGCAGUGGCGAUUACGGCGCUGCUGGUUAACAGAGAAGGGCAUACUGUGCGUCAGCAAUUCCGCUGCGGAAGUCGCGCGGGACGACGCUGGCGGCGUGGUUGUUUCACCACUCGAAGAUUCUGCAACUCAGGAGUACCCACUCGAAAAGGGGGCCACCCACAGGGAGCUGGAUGAGGCAGAAGCCGCCAGACCGUUUGCUUUCCAGGUGGCUGUCAAGCCCGGUCCACUGGCCCACAGAGCAGACAAGGAGCAGGAUGGUGGUCGUUGGGUUCUUCAACUGGCUGCUAGCUCCGAGGACCAGCGCAACGAGUGGUUCAACUUGUUUGCGCCUUUUUCGCAAGCGGCAGUUCUGCCUUCGAUGGCCCCGCCAACCGACCUGCCCGCCGUGACCGAGGAGUAG